AGUGGAGAAUAUGAGUGUUACCCAGAGAAGGUGUGUUAUGGUGGGUGGGCCAUUUGUGAACUGUGAUAAUUGUAAUAAUUAUAAUGAUACUCACUGGACUGAGGCACUUAUACAUCCAGGACUUCAGGAUGAUGCAAAUACACACACAUUAUCAACAAAUCACCAUUAUUUAUUUCUGACAUUCAAAUAUAUCAAACAUCUGAUUGUAACAAAUCUCAAAAUAAAAACAUAUUCGUCUUCAUAUUCAUACAAAAUGCUGCUUCACCAUCACCAAAGAGGUUGUCAGAAUGAGAAUGUUGGACAUUGCCUUGAGGACAUAGUGAAUCAAUUCUUCACACAUGAGAAACAAUGUAUUGAUGAGAUUGAAACCAAUAUAUACAAUUAUAAUCGACUGGAGAAGGAAGUACCAGACAUAAAUUACCCUAAGAGGAUGAUAGAACUUAAAAUCUACUAUGGUGAAUGUGCUGCCCUACUGUGGAUCAUGCAGCAUGUGAAGCACACCACUGACACAUCCUGGUGGGACAUGUUGCUGCAGGAAGACCUCAAACCAGAUGAUAUCAAAGAGGGUGAUAUGCUUCAUUCCUUGCUGGACAUAGUACAACAGGUAGAUACAUUCCAGAGGAAUGAUGAUCUCAAGAUAGGUUCAGUGCUUGAUCUACAGUGGUUGCAUAAGGACAACACCAAGAUAGUAUAUAGAUUGAUUAAAGACUGGUAUA